GGCGAUCGGCAUUCAUGUUCGUGCACGCUCGUGCUCGUGAGUUCGGGGGAUACCUAGCGCGAUCGACGAACCGUUAUCGCGUGUCCUGUGUCCUGUGUGCGAUUUCAGGACCAGCUCGUCGCGAAGAUCACACGCGACGAUGACGGACGGCAGCGGGAACGAGGAUUCCGCGGCGUUCAAUUCCAUAUCCGAUGCAGGCAAGGCCAACGCCGGCACAGCGGGUCCGGUAGUUUUAUAUUCGACCGCACAGGCAUGGCGAGCCCAGUUCCACCGCAGCCUCACGCGGUCCAGCAUCUCGGAGUCGUCGGACGAGGAGGAGGAUCUGUCCCAGUAUCAGUUCGAGGACGAUCUCGAGUACCUCAGGUCGUUGGACCCGCGAGACUGGAAGGAUCAGGACCAUUACGCCGUUCUAGGCUUGAAAGAUCUCAGGCAUCGAGCGACCGAGGAUCUUAUCAAGAGAGCUUACAAGUUGAAGAUAUUGAAACACCAUCCCGAUAAGCGCAAGGCGAUGGGUGAGGAAAUCCGACCGGACGACGACUACUUCACUUGUAUAACGCGCGCCUGGGAAACCCUCGGGAGUCAAGCGAAGAGGCGUAGCUAUGACAGCGUGGAUCCUUACUUCAACGACAGUCUGCCGGACGAGAAGGACUGUCGGAACAAUUUUUACGAGGUGCUGGGUAGAGCUUUCAAAGAUAAUUCACGCUGGUCCGCGAAGAAGCCUGUGCCACGAUUGGGCGGACCAUUCACGCCGCGAGAGAAGGUAGAACAGUUCUACUCGUUUUGGUACGACUUCGAUUCCUGGCGCGAGUACUCGUACCUCGACGAGGAAGACAAGGAGAGUGGCCAAGAUCGGGACAUGCGCAAAUGGAUCGAGAAGAAGAACAAAGCCACGAGAGCGAAACGGAAAAAAGAGGAGAUGGCGCGAAUACGCACUUUAGUGGACAUGGCGUACAAUGUAGAUCCUAGGAUAAAGAAAUUCCAGCAAGAGGACAGAGAUAAGAAGAACGCGGUGAAAAGGGCGAAGCAGGAGGCAGCAAAGGCCAGGCAACUGGAAGAAGAGAGAAUAGCACGGGACGCGGCGGAGAAGGAGAGAUUAGAGAGGGAGAAGAGAGAAUCUGAGGAAAGGGCGAAGCAAGAUGCAUUGAAGCAAGAGCGAGAAGUACAAAAGAAGGCGUUGCGCAAAGAAAGAAAGGCGUUCAGGGACUUUUGCAAGGCAAACAAUUACUUUGCCGAAAGCUCGGAAGAGAGUCUCCGACACAUGGAGAGCGUAGAGAAGAUAUGUGAACUGUUUAAGCUCGUGCAGCUGGAAAAGGCGAUGAAGAAUCUUCAGGCCAAUGGCAGAACCGCGUUUUUGAGCGUCGUCGAAGAAGCUGAGAGAAGAAUCGAGGAAGAACGCCGCGUAAAUGUGAUCAGUAACGAUGCGAGAAACGCAUCUGAUAAGCAGACCAAGACCUACACUGCACCCUGGAGCGAGAACGACUUGCAACUCUUGAUUAAAGCGGUUAAUCUGUUCCCUGCCGGUACCAAUCAACGUUGGGAGGUAGUAGCGAAUUUCAUUAAUCAACAUAGCGGCUCCACCAGCGGAGUCACCCGCGACGCCAAGGAAGUUCUGGCAAAGGCCAAGAGUCUACAGUCGACCGACUUUAGCAAAUCGAGCUUAAAGGAACAAGCGAAUAAGAAAGCCUUCGACAACUUCAUCGCUGAGAAAAAAAGCAAGGAAGCUAUCGAAGAAAGAAUGCCAGCCGUUACAGAGCGCCUGGAUCAUCCAAUCGCGAACGGCGUAGCUGCUGAACCUAAGGAGAUUAAAAAAGAAGCGGCCCCAUGGACACCGGGUGAACAAAAACUCUUGGAACAAGCACUGAAAACUUAUCCCACGACAGUCCCGGACAGAUGGGAUCAGAUCGCGGCGUGUAUACCCACUAGAACGAAAAAGGAAUGCAUGAAGAGAUACAAGGAACUGGUCGAGCUAGUGAAAGCGAAGAAGGCGGCGCAGAUGACAAAAUAAUAUUAACUGCACGCUAAGCUCGAAAUUUCCUUCUUUAACUUAUUGAACUCUAGUUCAAUUUCGUGAUUUCGAUAGUGACGGUUAUUUCGUUCCUCGAAAUGAAUUACUUCCUUAGAAAAUUAUAAACGAAAUUUAAGACUGGAGGACAAGAACCUUACCUUAUAUUUGAUGCAAGGUCUGGCCAUACUUGUGCCUUUCUACAGCCGAUACGCAUGCAGAAGAAAUUCGACGUGUUUUGUUCAGUCGAUUCCGCGAUAGUUUUAUUUCGACGCGCUGUAACAACUCUGAAGGUACCUUUGAAGCCGUGCUGCUACUCGACCAUUAUUUCUAUGAAGAUAAGAUUCUCUCAGGAGAAUCCUCUGUGUGUAGUUUUUUCCUUUUUUUUGGCAACAUAAAUCUUCGCGACCGACCUACACUUCAUAUUGUAAGUACUGUAAAAUAAAGAGGAGCUGCUGCUGCUGCUGCUGCUGCCGCCCGCCAGAAAGAAGCAACGGCCAGAGGAGAGCGACGGACUUUAUAAAUAAACAACAAUGUUUUGAAAAGUGUC